GUUUACUGAAAUAUUAAAAACAGCUGUUCAAAGAAAAAUAAUACAGAUAUGUGCAAGUAACGUAAAUCUAUUAAAAUAUGUGCAUAUAUAUAAACAUUUUGUACCAGGAGAAAUAUAAUUAUCGCGCAUAUAGUCGAAAAAUGGUAGAGGUGUAAUGAUACAUUUUUUUCAACGCACUAGUAUUGCGCCGGCUAUUAAAUAGCAAAUGUGUAAGGCGUCUGCAUCCAGCUUAAUUCGAGACGGAUAUUAAUCUUAAAUUCUCUGUUAUAUAAAAUUUCUCAAUAAAUUAUUGAAAAUGCCUCUUAUGUCUCCCGCCAAAAAGAAAAUUAAAAUCAUCGCACUCAUUUCGAUCUCUCUUAUAUUACUCGUCAUUCUUUAUCGGUCGUUAACAACUAUUGUUUCUGGUGGGAGUCAACCAAUUUCAAACUCCGUAAACUAUGAUUUGCCACUCGCGGGCUCAAGUUUUAGUGAAGAUGUAGAAAAAGAUACUUCUAGGGUGCCAACACAUACACAAACGCAGCUCCUGCACCAGCUUGCACAUGCAAAAGCUCAACUUGCAAUUUUGGAAGAUCGAAUACGUACUUUGGAAUCAAGUACACCUCGUAAAUAUCCACAGGUUAAAUAUUUAAAUUACAAAAACCGGAAGCGUAUUCUAAUCUCAGGCGGAGCCGGCUUUGUGGGCUCACAUCUUGUGGACACCUUAAUGGUGCAGGGUCAUGAAGUCAUCGUAGUUGACAACUUUUUCACAGGUCGUAAACGCAAUGUAGAGCAUUGGUUGGGUCAUGAAAAUUUUGAAUUAAUUCAUCACGAUAUUGUUAAUCCACUGUUCAUAGAAGUAGAUGAAAUUUACCACCUCGCAUCACCUGCCUCACCUCCGCAUUAUAUGUACAAUCCGGUGAAGACAAUUAAAACGAAUACCAUGGGUACUAUCAAUAUGUUAGGACUAGCCAAGCGAGUUAUGGCGAAAGUACUUAUAGCUAGUACAUCUGAAGUAUACGGUGACCCAACUGUACACCCACAACCAGAAACAUACUGGGGUCAUGUAAAUCCUAUUGGACCACGAGCUUGUUAUGAUGAAGGCAAACGCGUCUCGGAGACACUCAGCUAUGCUUAUGCGAAACAGGAAAAUGUGAAAGUACGCGUAGCACGGAUAUUUAAUACAUACGGUCCCCGGAUGCAUAUGAACGACGGUCGUGUUGUUUCAAAUUUUAUACUCCAAGCACUGCGUAAUGAAACUAUUACUGUUUAUGGCAAUGGCAAGCAAACUCGAUCCUUUCAGUACGUCUCUGACCUAGUGGAUGGAUUAAUUUCCUUAAUGGCUUCCAACUAUAGUCAGCCUGUCAAUUUGGGUAAUCCAGUGGAGCAUACAAUCGAAGAGUUUGCGUGGAUCAUCAAAAAAUUGGUGGGGGGUAAAAGUGAAGUAAAACAAACAGAUGCGGUUGAAGAUGAUCCACAGAGGCGCAAACCAGAUAUAACGCGAGCAAAGAAGUUUCUCAAUUGGGAACCGAAAGUUCCUUUACAGGUUGGACUAUAUCGCACGAUCGAUUAUUUCCGACGUGAGUUAGAAAGAUCUGACCGAUUUCAAAAAGACUCUAGGAAAUAUUUUGAUUUUCCUGACAUAGAACGUAGCCAACAGAGCAGGCAGAAUUUUGUACAAGAAAAUAAUUAGUGUAGUUCGACCAGAAAGGAGUAAAGUCAGAUUCGAAAAUUAAGUUAUAUAUUAAAGCUGAAAUUUCAAAUAUUAAAGAGAAAGGAUUGAUGAGCAGUAAAUAAAUAGUGUAAAUAAAUGAAGUCAUAAAUCUAAUUAAGUAAUUUGAUAUAGAGAUAAAAAAAUUAAAAAAAUUUUAAGAAUUACAGAAAUUAUAAUAAUAUUAUAAACUUAUGGAUUGUAGCAACAAAAACGGUGAUUCCAACGAUUCCGCUCUAACUUAGUUAAACAAUAGUCUCAAACUCCCCAAGAAUUAAAGAUUAGUAAGAUUAGUAGGAAACUAUUUGGAACCAUUGGGGGAAGGGUUAAUUAUAUCUAUACUAAUUUCAUCGCUGAAAUAAAGCGAAAAAACGUUGAGAAUUUCAAAUUAGUUAUUUAGCCUAUUUCUCACCAAUAAUACUUUUUGUAUUAAAUAUAUACAUCUAAAGCACCUGCUCGUAAAAAGAAAGAAGGAGAUGUAUCCAAAUCUAUCUCCAAUAAUAAUUAUCUAUCCAAUAAUAACUAGAUGGGAACUAUAAUGAAAGCUGCAAAAUACCAUAUUUUUUUGCACACUUUUGUGAAAAAAAUGAAUUGGACGGGUUCGAUGAAAAUUAUUCCGAAGCAAUUAAAGAAUCAAAGAAAUAAUUUAGAAAUUUUCAUUUAUUUAUUAUAAAUAUAAAUAAUCAUAUUAAAAAAUCAAACCAACUAGCAGCAGAGGCUACCGGCCUGAAAUUUAAAUUUAAAGAAUAAAUUUUCAGUGCAUACAUCUUGCCAUAACUAAGUUUGAGAGCCGUGGCUUAACAUUAAUGGAAAGCCUAACUAGUCUACAAUCUAUUCGUGAAGCAAUUACGAAGUUGGAUAAUCAAAUCUAAUAAUAAUACUCUAAUAAAAUGGAAUUAAUACUCGUAUUGCUGCUAAAUGCUAAAACCGACAGGUGAUACUUUUUUUAACAAACUUUCUCCUAUUAAACUUACUAAUUUUUUAAAUAUUAAAUUUUUGUGUGAUUUGAGCGCAUAUUUUCAGUAUAAGGGAUUUUUUGAAAAAAACGUACGUCUUUUUGUUUGGAAAUCUAAAAACACGCUAUAGAGAAGACACAAUAGAAGACUAAAGCCAUUUGGGAGUAUUUUAUUUAUUUUGUUAUUGCCUUAAUUGAAUUAAUAUUGUUUUUUAUGUAUACAUAUGUAUUUUUGAUUUUUGAUUUGAUUUUUUACUUUAAUAAUAAACACAGCUUAACAAUGA